GCAUUGGCUUCUUUUUUGCUUGCUGUUGUCGUCAAUUUAUCUUUCUAGUUCCGCUUGCCUUGUGCAAAUUUUCAUCGAAAAUUUAUAAUUUUCCAUCAAGUAUCGUCGCAGCUUCACGCGCCGCUUGUUCUUGUGUCUUCUCGUCGUCUUUAAACUUUAAACUUACUUAACAAAUCACAUUAAUUUUUGUCCUGUACAAAAAUAAGUGCAAUUUUCUUAUCUCUCAUCAUUUACAAGAGUUAAAUUAAAGUUUAACAACUUACUAAUUACUCUCAAUUACACAAUAACAAAUAAAAGAUACCGGUACAAAAACCAUUUUUUAGUGCAAUUUCCACAAAAAAUUAUAAGUGUGAUAACAUAAAAGUGACACACACACACACACACAUAAGAACGAAAAAAAGUUUGUUCAUUCAAAACAAAAACCAACCAACAAAAAAAAAAAAAAAUUUUAAAACUCUGUCGAAGUUCAAUACGAAAUCAAUCAAAAUUAAAAGUUCAAAGAAUUCUUCUUCUUACCUUCAUGCAAAGAUAAUCAUAAAAAAACAUACAGAAAAUAUAAUCACACGUGUGUUGAACUUGUUCUCUUCCGAAUCUGAUUUUGAAAAACAAAAUCUUAAAAAAAAAGUGAGAGUAUCUUUUAGAGAUACCUUUUGUCAAAUCCAAAUCCAAAUCAAAUCCCCACAAGAGGCUGACAAAGUAAAAAAUUUACAAGAGUUUUUUUUUUGUUUGUUUGUUUGAGAUAUAUACAAAAAAAAAAAAUAGCAACCAAAAUUCAGAUCAUGCUAAACAACGAUUCAAAUUUUUCGGCGCAUGACACUGGUAAUGGGUCUGAAGAAAUAAUAAUGGAAACCGUCAUCUUAGAUCCAAAUCAAAAUUCAAAUGAAAGUCAGAGUCCUCCCUUACUGAUACCAAGAGGGGACACUAUGAAUGGAUACAGUCGGAAAGCACCCUCGAAGCGACGGUAUGAAGGCUCCAAAUUCACAUUGCAUCCGAAAAAGAAACCAAGAGCUGGUAAAGAAAGGAUCCCGCAACCAAAGAACACAGUUGCCAUGUUAAAUGAGCUCCGACACGGUUUGGUUUAUAAAUUGGAAACGCAGAGUGGACCAGUGCAUGCACCGCUCUUUACAAUUUCAGUUGAGGUCGAUGGACAAAAAUAUAUUGGACAAGGUCGAAGUAAAAAGAUCGCCCGCAUCGAAGCUGCUGCCACGGCGUUACGAAGUUUUAUCCAAUUCAAAGAUGGUGCUGUGUUGACACCAUUAAAGCCGGCAUGUAAUCUUGAUUUUACAAGCGAUGAACAUCUGGAAAACGGUAUUAAGAAUUCUGAUAAAUUGGGAUUUGCCGAUUUAGUUGAGCUUGUAGACAAUUUUGUUAAGCAUGCUAAGAGUGCAAAAAAGUUGACACCCCUCUUGAAUGGCCAAAUGAGCAUGUCAACUGAAGUAUCAAAAGGUGUAAUUACAGUUGAUGGGCAGAAAAAAGUACCCGAUAAGGGUCCAGUAAUGCUGUUGUAUGAGCUAUUUAAUGAUGUACAUUUUGAUUGUUCAACAAUAGAUGGCGCUCAAAACAAUUGCCGCUUUAAAAUGACUGUGACUGUCAAUAAUAGCAAAUUUGAUGGAACUGGACCAUCAAAGAAAUUAGCCAAAAAUGCAGCAGCAAAAGCAGCCCUAGCCUCACUUUGUAACAUCUCUUACAGCCCAAUGAUGCAUCCACAAAAGAACGUCCCAAUUCCGAUUGAUGAUAAACAAUCAUCUAUGGAAUUACCACAGAUACAUGCCGACACCAUUGGCAGGCUGGUGCUUGAGAAAUUCAUGGAGGUCAUCAAAGGACAAGAAUCGUAUUCGAGGCGAAAGGUCCUGGCUGGCAUUGUCAUGACGGACAACAUGAAUUUCAACGAAGCAAAAGUCAUAUCUGUAUCAACCGGCACAAAAUGUGUUUCCGGAGAGCACAUGUCCGUUAAUGGGGCAGUUUUGAAUGACUCCCAUGCGGAGAUUGUAUCCCGGAGGUGUUUGGUAAAAUUUUUGUACGCUCAAUUGGAUCUGCAGACGAGCUCGUCAACAGCAAAUCAGUCAAUUUUCGUGAGGAAUACAGACAAUGGGCAAUAUCCCUAUAAACUAAAAUCCGGUGUUCAUUUCCAUUUGUACAUCAAUACAGCGCCUUGUGGUGAUGCACGGAUUUUUAGUCCUCACGAAAAUGACACUGGUGUUGACAAGCAUCCAAAUAGAAAAGCCAGAGGACAAUUAAGGACGAAGAUUGAAUCUGGUGAAGGAACAAUUCCAGUUAAAAGCAGUGAUGGAAUUCAAACAUGGGAUGGUGUCUUACAGGGACAACGAUUAUUAACAAUGUCCUGUUCGGAUAAAAUUGCUCGCUGGAAUAUUGUGGGUAUACAAGGCUCACUAUUGGCAUCAAUUGUUGAGCCAAUUUACUUGCAUUCCAUUGUGCUGGGCAGCCUUUUACAUCCAGAACACAUGUAUCGGGCUGUUUGUGGUCGUAUUGAAAAAUCAAUCCAAGGACUUCCGCCACCAUAUCAUUUGAAUAAGCCACGUUUAGCUCUAGUUACAUCGGCUGAGCCUCGAAAUCAAGCCAAAGCACCGAAUUUCGGUAUAAAUUGGACAAUUGGCGAUACUGAAGUUGAGGUGGUUAAUUCAUUGACUGGCAAAACAGUUAAUAAUCAAAUAUCGAGAAUAACCAAACAGAACUUUUUCAUGAAAUAUGGUUAUUUGGUGAAAAAUCUGCCAGGCAUGCCGUCAAGGAAGGUGCCAUUCGAUUAUGGCGAGACGAAGUCCAAAGUUAAGGAUUAUCAGAUUGCCAAACGUGAACUAUUCGCAGCAUUCCGGCGCGAAGACUUGGGUAAUUGGUUAAAAAAACCAAUCGAACAAGAUGAAUUUGCUCUUCCAGAAUGACUACUUUCACUAGAUAAUAAAUUAAAACAAAAGUUAAAUAAGAAAAACAACAACAAAAACAAUAAUAAUAAUAAUAAUCCACACAAAAAAAAUCCAAAUGACGACUCCCUAGCAACAAUAAAAAAACAAAAACAAAAAUAUAAUAAUCAAAUUCAAAACAAC